AUGGAAGCGAAAGACAGACUAACGGAGGAUGCAGCUCUGAGAUUUUUAGAGCGCGGAGGAUUUGAACCAAAGUUUGUCUGCCGUGAUUUGGAACUGAGUCUGGGUCCAGAUAAAAACGGUCUAAACAACCACAGCACGGAGAUAUUUGACAACGCUUGUUUGGUUUAUAACGCCACCUCAAAUUCAUCAGUAGGUUGUGACUCAGGAUUCCGUUAUGAAGUGUACAAGACGGAGUCUAUUGUGAGCGAGUGGAAUCUGAUUUGUGAUAAGGCCUAUCUGUCCGAGGUCUCUCAGAUGCUGUUCACGGUGGGCAGUGCGAUAGGCGCCGCCCUGGUGGCCCCACUCUCUGACCGUGUGGGGCGGCGCUUGACCUUCAUCCUCACGAGACUGCUCACCCUGCUCAACUCUUGCGCUAUCCUCUUCGUCCCCCGGGAUCACCGGCUUUAUCGUGCUGCGUUUUCUGGGAGGAAUUCUUACUACGGUUUCUUAAGGAAUCUUUAA